GGGAAACUGGGAAAGGGGAUAACAUUUGAAAUAUAAAGAAAAUAUCCAAUAAUAGAAAAAAACUUAAAUAUGUUGCCAAAUUACCUACCAAUUAUCAAAAUUGCUAUCUCCCAUGCCAAUAACAUACAUAUGAGAUUUCUAAUAUACAUUUGGUAAGACUAUAAUUUAGUAUAGUCUUUCUGAAAAAUAGCUUAAUAUAUAUCAGUGAUCUUCAAAAUAUAUAUAUUUCAUUUGGCCUGAUUUCCUCCUUUAAACUUGCUAUAUUUAGAGGUUAUUCUAUUAGGAAGCAUGCUGCCACAUUUUUUGCAUCUUUAUUUUAUUUAUUGAAGUGAACGGCACAUAAAAAUGAUCAUUUAAAGUAAACAGUUUGGAGGCAUUAAAUACUCCUGUAGUACUGUAUAGCCAUUGCUUCUACUUCAGAACUGUUUUUGAGACAGGGUCUCGAGGAUCUGGCUGUCCUGGAACUCUCUGUGUACCAGGCAGGCUCCCAUCUCACAGAGGUCCCCCUGCCUCUGCCUCUCAAGUGCUGGGAUUAAAGGUGUGCAGCACCAUGUCUGGCCUUUCAAAAUGUUUUGUAUCAGCAGGCAAAGGAGCCCUAUAGCCAUUAAGCAGUCACAUGACUGCUACUUAUGUGUUUCUGUUUAGCUUGACAGGAUUUUACAUUUUUUCUUAAUUCUCAGCCAAAAGAUGUGGUCAGCAUUUAUACUAGCCAACACUCGUGUGCGCAAGAACUACAAACCAGCGCCAGCUGAAGGAAGGGACAGAGUAUCCAGCAAAACAGUGAAAGGUCAUAUUUGGCCUUAGGAAUGGUGUUUGCCAGGAUGUAAAUGGUGUCCAGAGCAUUCACCAGCCUACAUCCAUUCUUUCUUGUCUCACCUCUCCUUUGUCGAAAUGGUUCUUUUCACUCACUGUUCUGGACUGGUUUGUUUUUGUUUUCUAUGCUUUUGUUUUGUUUGCGGACCAUCUCUCCAGGCACGGGAGAGAUGAUCUCUGGCUUUGCCAGCUUGACAUAGUUCCAGAGCUAGUGAGUCAUGAGCAGAGUCCAGCCCCUCCCUAGGACUCUACCCCCAGUGCCUGAGAAAACCUCUCUGAUUGGCUUUACAUGGGUCAUUCCCCAUUCCUGUGUCAAUCACUGGUGUGGGGGGUGGAUGUCUUGAAGAGUCAGUUGGUAACUUGUUCUCUUCCUACAGAUGGAAGCUUAACUCUGGCUCCUUUAUUUCUGAGAAAGUUCUAGAAGGCAUUCUCAUAGAUUCAUGCUCAAGACAGCACUGGCAGUGUCCAUGUUUGAUGCCUGUUUUACCAUAAAGUUCACUAACUUUUAUUCCAAAUCACUGAGAAAUUCUUAGUGAUAUUCUAUAAAUUCUACUUAUGAAUGUGGGUAUUUAAGGAUUAUUUACCCAAUUUGAGAGAAAGAAAUCACUGUCAUUUGAAGAAGUAGGUUUGAGCAUGUUAAGUCUGAUGUCUAGAGUAGAGAAUCUCCAUUGAUUUUUAAGUUAUUUUACAGAAUUAUUUAAGUUAUUCCACUUGCCCCGUAUUCACAAAUCAAGGCCUAGCCCUCAUAGGGUUUUUAUUCUACCAGGAAAGAUGAUAUAUGAAUAACAAAAAGUUUAUAAUGUAACUUUACGUAUUGAUAGUAGAAAAAUGGAUCUUGGAAAGGGUGUGUGUGAGCAUGCCAGUCUUGUGCUCAUGCUUGUGUUGGGGUCAGAAGAGGCUUUCUGACACGUUUUGUUGAAGGCCUGAGUUGAGAAUGUAAUGGCUUUGUCAUUAUUUAGAGAAUAGAAUUCCAAGGAAAGUGAAUAGUAAGUGCAAAGGCUUCAAAUCAUAAUUGUCUUGGAAUUGCACCAGAGCUCCAGGAAAAGGAGAAGGAGUAAGGCCAGGUGGGGAAAGAUAAGAUAGGAACCUCAGGGGCCAAUGGACAGGGAGCUGAAUUGCUGUGGUUCCUGUUUGGGUAGGUAGACCUGCUUGAAUAACUUACUAGACGGUGGCUCUCUCACUGUGAAUGCUCUAUUGCUUAUGGAUUCAUUACUUUUCUUCUUCUUCUUCUUCUUCUUUUUUUUGGUUCUUUUUUUCGGAGCUGGGGACCGAACCCAGGGCCUUGCGCUUCCUAGGCAAGCGCUCUACCACUGAGCUAAAUCUCCAACCCCAUCUUAUGGAUUCGUUACUUUUCUAUUGCUGUGAUGAAGCACCAUGGCCAUGGCAACUUAAAGAGAGAGGGUUUAUUUGGGGCUUACAGUUACAGAGGGAUAAGUUAUGCCCAUCACAGCAGGGAAGGGUAGCAUGGGACUGGAGCUGGAAGCUGAGUGUGAACUGGGAUGACACAUGGCUUUUGAAACCUUGAAGGCUACCAGCAGUGAUGAGUUUUCUCCAGCAAGCGCAUACUUCCUAAGCUUCCCCAAGCAGGGUCACCAACUGGGGAGCCUAAUAUUCAAAUGCCUGACAAAUGGGGGCGAUGGUGAGAAAUCUCAUUCAAGCCAACACAGUUUACUUUAUGAAGAAUCAAAUCCUUUGUCCUAAAGCUGGUCAGUGGCUGGAGACAAAACAGAAGAGAGAAAGAAGUGUUGGACAACUGAGUGGUAUAGAAGCUGUGGCAUACAUACUUGUGGAGGAAGAGGGGACACAGUUUGUGUCCUUCCUUACUCUGCUGGGGACCAGUGAUGAGGAUGCAGGCUAGGAACCCUGUGACCCAUGGAACAGGAAAGCUAGAGUAUGUUGGACCAUGUGCUGUGGCCCCCACAGUGGACUGCACUGCUAAUUGGGUAAUAGGCAAAGGACAGGCAAUUAGAAAGCGCUGCAGACCUGGAGACAUGCAGAAAAGGGAGACUGGCCAGUGGCUGAAAAAGACAGCCCAGAACAAUGUCUGCGGGUCAGACCAGUAAUGACACAGCUAUAUAAAUGAUGACAAAAGACAGUAAACCCUGCUGGGAGGCUCGCUGCAGGUGUUCUGCCAUUUUUAAACUCAUUUUCUGUAUUUUGAGUGUUUCUUAAUAAAAAAGAUCUGUGAGAUCUUUGAUUUUUUGGUUUACUAUUAAUCAUAUUAUGAAUUAGUGUCACUGAGCCUUGUGUCUUUCUCAGACGGUUAGCUAUGGUUGAGACCAGCCUUACCAAAGAAGACAGGUGCACACAAGUUCCUGGGCCCUCAGCUUGUUAACCACUGAAAGCAUGGCAUGUGUUUUCUUCUGUCCACUUUUGUGCACAUUCUGUUGUACUUUUUUGUACUAUUCUAUUGCUGUGAAGAGACACCAUGACUAAAGAAACUUAUCAGAGCAUUUAAUUGGGGGCUUCCCUAUAGUUUUGGAUGGUGAGUCCGUGACCAUCCUGGCAGGGGCAUGGCAGGGGCAAGCAAACGUAGUGCUAGAGAAGUAGCUGAGAGCUUACUUGCCUGUAAAUUGGAGGCAGACAGAUUGGGCUUUUGAAAUCUCAAAGCCAUCCCCAGUGACACAAUUUCUCCAAUAAGGCCACACCUACUCUUUCCCAAAACAGCCCCACCCACUAGGGAUGAAGGAUUCAAAUAUGAUGGCCUUUCUCAUUCAAAACCCUACAGUCUGCUUUCAGCAGCUGCAGUAGCCUAAGCCUCUGGGAUUCUUCAGAGAAAAUGUUAGUUCACCCUGGGAAAUCACUUGCCACCCUCUUUAGAGAGCAGCUUAAUGGUUAGUGCUUGCUCUUCUGUUUGAGAGCCAGUCCUUUCCAAAGCCUUGCUUAUAUCCCAUGCUCUCCUGAGUCUUCUUACUGUUGUCUCCAGGCUGAAGAUCCCAUCACCUGUAGUAAGAUGAGUCAAAGUCAGAUGGCAAGAGGAGGUUAGGUACAGGAAGAGGAUCUUAUGGUAGACUCCCAGAGCUGUCAUUUCUGAGCCUAGACCAUCUCAUUAGCACUUUAUAGUCUGUCUGGCAGAAUAAGAGGUUGACUCAUAUGGUCUAGGGCUACCAGGUCUUGUAAAUGAAAGCUUGUUGUGGUUGGAGAUUUCAUCACCUUCUUUGCAUCUUUAGGUGUCCGUGUUUGCUUAUUUCCACUCAGUGCAAGCUCUUGUAUAUGACAUAAGCAGUCUCUCCCUGCCCAUUCUGUUUUCUAUCCUUUCCACUAAAUUAUAGAUACAUAGCCUUUCCAAAACAUAGCAAAUAUCCUUUUAGAAAUUAGAUCAUUACCAAGCAUCCUGUGCAGGGUACGUGCUAUUCCUAAAGUACACUGCACAUAUUGGACAGGGAAUUUGUUGCUGUAAAAUUAUAGAAAAUGACUGGUGUCCUGGUUCCUGCAAGUUCCCAUUCCCGAGGAUCUGUGCAUUCUAGCUGUUUCUCUGUUACCUCUUUCACACACCAUACCCUUGGCGGUUGUUACCACACCUGAGACUCACAUAGCAUUCAGCAGGCUGUUCUAGCCUGGCCCCAUACCAUGCUAGUCUGAAGCAUUCUAUAGGCUAGCACGGCUUCCUGUCACAAACUCUGUUUACACUCCCAACACCCAGUGAAAUCAUUACUCAGCAAACUGGAACCCAACACCCAGAUUUAUGUGUUAAAUGCUCAAUGUACAUUAAAUACAUCCACACUAUUAACAUACAACCAAUUGGUAAUAUAUAAUUGCCCACCUAGACAUACAAAGCCCUAUACACAUCCAUCCCUUAAGAAUAUUCAUAUCAACCUGUACAUGUGCAGAGAGGAAUCUUAACAUCAGCUUCCAUAUUCUCUCCACUGCUUCCUCCUCCUCUCCCGUUCCAGUCUCCUCCUCUUCCCUCAAACUUUUCUCCCGUCCAUCCUUCCUUCUUAUCCAAUGAUAGGCCUUGUUCUAUCUUGUACCUGCCUUCACCUGUAUGACAUCAUCCUACAUUUCACCCUUUUUGUCUAAUUAAAAAUUUUUUCUCUCAAAUAUAAGCUGAGCACAACUAUUAUCAUUUUGUAAUCAAAGGCAUAAAAUAUUCCUAACACCCAGUCCAACAUUUUAUCAGUUAAACAGAAGAACAUUUAGUUAUCCAUUCCAGCUUAAGAAAGGCUUAAAAUCUGUUAUAUCCUGGUUAGCUUGUAUACUAUCUGAUAACUAUCUAAUAAAAUAUGUAUUUUCAAAGUUAAACAGCCUGAUAGACUAUGAGUCUAUAAUCAUUCUUCAAUUCUCUCAGAAAUCUGAGAAUGACCAAAUAUCUAUAAAUAUAGGAAGCCUAACAUGGCUUCCAGAACUGAGAGGUUAUAGAGACAAAUCUCCAUAGCAUAGUCCCCUGUUAGCAACAUGUGAGUGCAAGUCUUCAGUUUUCUGGCCCAAAAUCAACUGACAGACUCUUGAAAUGCAGAAACCUUGAAGGGCUGAUAAUUCUGGCUCAGUAGAGAUUAUCAGUUUACAGCUAUUCUGCAAAAGAGUCCCUUUUUGGAUAGUAUUAUUCUGUAGAUGAAAUAGGCAGUUUCUGCCCAGUGGCUGCCUAGCCACAAAGUCUUACCUCAGCUGGAGGUAAAGAUGCUCAGUUUCUUUGUUAAAUCCACCAAAGGGGAACUGUUAGGAGCAGAUAUGCUCAACAAAAGAUAAAUAACUUUACAUCUCAUAUUUUGUGGAUUUCUGACAUUUUUCAAAACCAUCUAUCUAUAUAAGGUAAUCUGGACUGUUGUCUGUUAACUUAUCUUAUUAUAUUAUCUUGAAAGCACUCUAACAAACUCAGAGCCAUGAAUUUGCUAUUUGGCCCUUAACUCACAUGUGUAAUCAACUCAGAAGUUUGUAAUGGCAUCAAUAGAAGGACUGGCUCUCAACCUUGUACUUUAAUACUUUUUUUUUUAACAAAUAAAUUCUAUACCAAAGCAAAGAUAAGAUUUUAGCUUAGUUACCAAAUGAGAUUAUGGCUGUACAACUCAAUCUAGCUAAUUCCUCCCUGUUAAAUUAUGACCAAUUGUAAAUUCCUCAUAAAACCAACCUUAGAAUAACUGCUUUCAGCCCCUCAAAAGUCCAGGGAAUCAGGGCGAUGACUCUUCAAUAACUUCUUCAAGCUGUAUGUGGGCAUUGAGAUAUCUUUGGGAGGUUUAGGGGGUAGAUAAAAUGGAGCAAUGUUGUAGCCUAAUGUGCCUCUCUUGAGUGGACCCAGCUGAAAGUCCUUGAGAUCAGGAAUCCAAAGUAGGUACAUUCUGCAAAAUAUAGUUCUCAAGACAAAAGUUUAGAAUUGAGAUAUCUUUUUGUUUGAUUCUCUUGAAUCUAGUUUUUCAGGUGGUCUCCCUCUAUCAAAUCUGAUCAAUAUGACUCUGGAAAGUGUCCUGAGCCUAAUCACUCUUUUUAAAAAUACAAAGACAAAACCUUUCUCACAAAAUACUGUGUUCCUUAGUCUGUAACCAGAAAAGCUUGUAUCUUGCACUCUCUCCCAGAGGAAUAAUAUAACCAUUAAACUCAAAGUCACACCCAUUAUGAAGAUUAGACAAUUUUAAAAAAGGAAGUAAGCUAAACAAUAGUGUUAACCAAUGAGCCUGUUAGGCUUUUCUAAUCUGUCAUAUCAGGAAAUUAACCCAACAUUCCCAUGGAGCCCAUGUUAAGAGAAUCUGAGAUUCCUGUUGUAAAUAUCAAAAAUAACCACAAACCCUCACUAGCCAGCAUCAACGAGUCAUAUGGCCUUUAGUGGGGUAAUUCAUAAAACAAAUUAAACGCCUUCUAUCAAUUCUAAUAUCAAUAAGCAACUUAUCAAACCAGGACUAUAGCCCAAAAUAUAUCCAUCUGUCAAGCUCUCUACCCGGAGCCUCAGAUUUUUAUUUAACCUAGUAACUUGUAAAUAUCACAAUAUUCUACUUGGAGUCAGUGACUAAUUUUUCUCUAUCUAAGUGCCGAACCGUGGAUGAAAGUCCCCACAUGAUUCGGGCAAUCUCUGUACACUCCUCUCCUUAAAAAUAAACUUAAUCACCUUCUAAUAAUACCUGCCACCAAGAAGUAGCUUGUCUAACUAGGAUUUUAACCCAAAAUUCCUGUGGAGCCCAUAUUAGAAGGAAUAUGAGUAUCCUGAAAGACUUUCUUUUCUUUUCUUUUUUUUUUUUUUUUCUUUUUUUCGGAGCUGGGGACCGAACCCAGGGCCUUGCACUUGCUAGGCAAGCGCUCUACCACUGAGCUAAAUCCCCAACCCCCUGAAAGACUUUCUAAACAACUUUAUAAAAAAGCAGCUUUUAAUCUCUAACUGAGCUGACACUACUUGUCACACAUAGCAGGGGACCUACAAGGCUUUUUUUUUUUGUUUAAAAUCCCCACCCCCAACAAACUUGAGACAUCAUGAGACUCAACAUGGUGCUGACCUCCUAUUACUUAGGAAAAAAAAAACUUUCUCUCAACUCUUAGGAUUACUAGUGGAUUCUUGCCCACUCUGUUGGUUUGCCACCUGUUACUGUUUAGAAAUGAUAAAGCCACUAUUUUAUGUAUCAUUUGUGUUAACUUCUCUUCAGAGUUGAAAAGUUGUGUUUUCAAGUUUAAAGAAUAGUGUAUCCAAUGUGUAGACUGUAUAGUUGCUAAUUUCUUGUAUAGUAGUCCAGCUUUGAAACAGUUUUGUUUCUUUACAAAACAGUGGGAAGCAUGUUUUCUUCUUUUAGCCUUUUUUUGGGGAUUACAUAUUUAAUAAACCUAUUAUGAAAAUUUGAAUAAUAUGAGUGAGCUUGAGUAGUGUAAAAUCCCUUUUAAAAUUCUGCAGUCCUUUGUCCAUGGCUGGUAUUUGGGCAAGCUUGCUCUCUUGCUUGUGCAUGUUCUCCUCUAUCUCUUGCUUUCAGUUGUGAGCGCCCAUACACAUACGUAUGAACACAUGCACACAGUUUUACAUGAGUUAUCAUAUGUGGUCUAAUGCUGUGUUUUCAUGAAGACACUGUAAACAUUCGUACAUACCAGGAUGGGAAGACUUACAUUGUCCUUACGUUGCUGUAUUGUGUUUUACUGGGCUCCUAUAACAAACUGUUCACUACUACUGUAAGCAAUUAAUGCUGCUCAAAUUGCCCCGCCAGCACUGCUGUGAGUUCCCUGCUACACGCCCCAAUGUUCUGAAUUCCCGAAAGUCAGUGCCCCCCCCCCCCUUAUAGUUAAAUAUGCCUUAAACAGCUCAAUGGCUGGGCCACUCCCAAGCCUCCAUGUUGCUAAUGCCUCCCCUCCAAUACUCCUGAGUUACUACUUACUAAAACCUAUAUUCCAUCUUUGCUACCCUAGACCCAGUGACCCAGUGGGGCUGCUCUUCCUUGGCUCUUAUAUGAUUUGGCUUGCUCUCCUGCAGCUCUCAAGUGUGGAUCUUAUUCCUUUCCCAGCAUGAUGAUUCUCUUCCUUUUCUUGGUCCCCUUGCCUGUGAAUUCUAAAUUCCCUCCUUUGUCUUCCUGCCCAGCCAUUGGCAACUUUAUUUACCCAUCAGAACCAACUGGGGACAGGGAUCCUUAGAGUCUUACAUGCGGGAUUCUCGUACAAUUUUGGGAAUCCAGUUAACAUAAUACAAAUGUUAAGCCAAAUCCACAACACUGUAGGAUGUGAUUUUUAUACUCCUACACAGUCAGCAGAUUGUAUGCCUAGGAGUGGCUCCCAGUGAACAGACAAGGGUUUUUGUUUACUUUUGUAAGGGGUACAACAGAGGUCACUAAUUUAGGCUGAUAAUAAAGCAAGAACAUCAUUAUAAUUUUCUAGAGGUAAAGACAGUCCUUUGGGGGAAGGACUGUUAAUUGAAUUUUACAGAAAAGCCACCCUUUUAACCUGUUCAGAAAGAAGGUCAUUUCAAUUGCACACUGUCUCUGAUACCCUUUUAGAAUAUGGAGUCUGGGAGAUGAUUCAGUGGAUAAAGCACCUUCUCCACAAAUUCAAGGACUGGAGUGCAGAUCCCUAGAACCUAUGUAAAAGCCGUGUAGUCUUGGGGCCUUGUGGAUUCCCAGAGCAAGCUUGCUUGCUACACUAGGCAGCAUCAGGGAAGGGAUCAGCAGGCCUGGUCCAGUGAGAGGCUCUGCCUUAAUAACUAUGUGGGGAAUAACUUCAGGUGUCCACAAAUGUGGACUAAUGUGCAUGUGCAGCUGCAAAUAUGGGAACACUCGUACAUACAUAUCUACACAUUACACUUGUAAACAUGAAAAAAUGUAAAAUAAAAUAGCUACUUUCUAGGCUUUUCUCCCCUUCUGGAUUUAAAAUGAAUCUAUAGCUUGUGCCAUAUAAACUACAGUGGUGAUGCUUGCAUGCGCUCUCUCUCUGUCUCUCUCUUUCUCUCUCUCUCAGCAAAAUGAAACAGAGUACAUUUUUAGGUGUGCUUCCUUGCAUCCUUUCAUGGCUUAUUGCAAGUGUGGACCCAAUGAACUGAGCAGUAGGGAGCCCAGCCAUGUGGGGUCCAAGCUGAAAUGAACUGCCCUCUCUAACCCUCCUUUCUACAGGCAGUGACAAUGUACCUGCCUCCUGUUGUUGCUGGAGGGUUAAUUGAGUCAUGCUAUGCAGAGCUGUUUUGCAGGCUAUUAUUAUGUGAUUAAUAAUAGUUAUUUGACACAGACAUUAUUUGGCCUUCCCCACCUUCUUCACCACUUUUCUGUCUCCUUAGCUGUUGAGAGUGAUGGGUAAGAAGUGACCUUUUAGGUCUUGCUUUACCUAUUCUAUUUCUGUCUCCAACUUCCCAUUAUGUGUAAACUGGUCCCAGUUCAGUUUAAAGCAAUAUACAAGAAUGAUUGGCUUAGAAUGUUUAAUGAGAUCUCUGUGAGCUUUUCUUCCCUCUUUCCUCCUCCUCCUCCUCCUCCUCCUCCUCCUCCUCCUCCUCCUCCUCCUCCUCUUCCUCCUCCUCCUCUUCUUCCUCCUCUUCUUCUUCUGAUGGGGAUGGGUUUGAGACAGGGUUUCUCUAUGUAGCCCUGGCUCUCCUAGAACUCUCUGUAGACCAGGCUGACCUUGAGCUCAAGAGUUGCUCUGCUCUGCCUCCUGCAUGCUGGGAUUGAAGGCAUGAACCAUCACUGCCUGGCUUCCGUGAGCUUUUCAGUGGGUACUAGUGUUUAUUUCAUAUUUUAUUCAGCUGCCUGUGUACAAAGGUGUUUUUGUCGAUAAUAAGAGAAAACUAGAUAUAAGUGGAUAAAAGGAAUUUCCCUUUUCUGUAUAAAGAGGUCCUGCCUGUCCGGAGUGUGAUAAUCUGUUCUGUAAUGUUGGCUGUCCAGGCUUCCUGCCUCUCUGCUGUGUCAUCCUCACUGAGGCAGAUUUGUGCUCAGAGUGUCAGAAUACCCACAGCCACUCAGAUGGAGUGAUGCCCAUGUAUCCAGAGGCAUCAAAAAGCUGCUUCUUCUUCUGUCUAUUCAAGAACUACUAGUGUUUCCCUAGUACUUCUGUCAGGCUUCACCUGUGUAGAUAGUCAGCACUGUCACAGGCUUUGGCCUUGGCUUUCACCAGCAAAGGUUAUGUUGCCAUCAUAAUGGUUCAGUUACAUCAGGCUCACUCCUCAUGGGUGGGGUAUAUGUCAGCCUUUCCAGUGGCUACAGCUCUGUGAAGGAGUAAAGCAAUUCUCUGUUAGGAAGAGUGAGGGGCCAAUUGAGGGGCGGGCAGGUGGGUGAAGGAACUGGGGAGAACCAGUAGUGUCAGCUCCAGGCAGCUCUAAUGUUUUUGUCUGAAGUGCUGGGGAGAACCCUUAUGGAAAUGAAUUUCCAAUUAUGACAAGUGUACAUACGUACAUACAUAUGGGAGCAUUUUAAAAAAUUUAGUGUAAUUAGUAUGUAACUAAGGAAAUAGUAAAAUAUGACUGUAAUGUAUGGAAGAAACAGAACUCUCAAAGAAGCCAAAAGAUGUUUAUUUCCUGAAAAUAAGACUGUGUUGUAGCCUGGUGUGGUGGUAUAUGCUUUAAUCUUAGCACUCAGGAGGCAGAGGAAGGUGGAUCUCUGUGAGUUCGAGGCCAACCUGGUCUAAAUCCUGGACAGCUAGGGCUACAGAGAGAAACCCUGUCUCAGGGAACAAAAAGAUUAUGUAUUGUGUAAUUUUGGUCCCAACAUGUCUUCAUUCCUAAUGGCCCAGUAGAAGAACUAGGGCCUGAGGUACAUGUCUAUUUUCUCUUGGCCUUGGAUGCACUUAACCUUGCCCUUUGUAUAGCAGUGCAAGCUCCUUAGAGCAUGGCACCAAAAGCCUGCUUUGACUAGGUGUCUUCAAACAGUGCGUGGUCUACAGGGCUUGUUUUGUUACCAUGCAUUAUAAAUCACAUAUAUGCAGGGCUUAUUCUUUUAUAUGCAUUAAUAUUUUAUUUUGUUAUUACUUCGUGUGUGUGUGUGUGUGUGUGUGUGUGUGUGUGUGUGUGUGCAGGUGCCUACAGAGGGGAGUCAUAUCUCACAGAGCUAGAGCUAUAGGAGGUUGUAAGUCACCCAGUGUGAGUGUUAGGAACCAAACUCGAGUUCUUUGCAAGAACAGCAAGUACUUUUAACCUCUGAGCCAUUUCUCUAUCCCCUAGUAAAACCUAUUUUAAAAAGCUCGUGUGCCUAGCAUCUGACUUGGCUUCACAUAAAUGCUAUUGAUGAAAUAGAUUACGAUUUUAUGGGGUGACUGUGAAGGAAGAACAAAAGGAUGGAAGGACUGAGGGAUGAUGGAGGAGUGAGGCUUGCUCGAGGCCUAGUGGGUAAAGGCACCUGCUGCCAAGCUUGGUAACUAGGAGUGUGCUUGGGGCCUGUAGGAUGGAGGCAGAGAACCAACUCCAGCACGUUGUCCUUCGACCUUCAUUUUGUAUUCUAACAUGUAAGUGCUCCCCUUCCCCGAGUAAGUGGAAGUGUGAUUUAAAAAAGGAGACAUGGCAACUAAAUUGGCAGCAAAAGGAAAGGAGGACUUGGGACAGGAUGGACAGUGACACGAUGGUAGCUUUGAGACUUGAUCCAUGGGCCAGUAGGGUUGAAGAGUUGUUGGGGUUAGCGUUGAAGAGUGGGCAGGAAAGAUAAGAAAUGGCAGGGAGUAGGAGAAGGAAUCACUUGAAACCGAGGCUUAGGAGGUGGGUAGUAAUCACCUGGUCCAGGCUCUGGCUGUGGGUGUGGGUGGUAGGAGUGGAGUGUCUGACAGCUUCAUUAGGACUGAGGAAGCCAGGCAUCAUCAGUGUACAUGUUGAAAUCACCUGCAGUGAAACAGGGGUCCAGGCCCUACAGUCACUGGAGAGUGUACGGGAGUGUAAGACACAGAGUACCACUCCAGCUGGGGAUGGGGUGGUCAUUGUUCUGUGAUGGAUGGCGUGAUGAACAGCAAAGGAACCUUUUGUAAAUGUGAGAAGAGAAGGACCAGAAUGGCCUAGAAAUCGUUAUGCAUGUAUGUGUGUGCACAUGCACACAUGCAUGUGUAUGAGUGUGUGUGUGUGUGUGUGUGUGUAUGUGUGUGUGUAUGCAUGCAUGCACGCACACGUGUGUGUGCUGGGAUUUCAGGGGGUUGUGUUUGUAGUGCCACAUGAGUGUAGGUGGAGGGUAAAGGCCUUGUCUGUGGCUGUAAGAGAAAUGUCUGAAGGGAUUGCCAGGCUUCAGGCAGAGCUGAAGGAAGAACACUGUUAAAAAUAUGGUGGAAGAGAGGAAAGGAGAUUUGCUGAGUUUUACUGGAUAUUGUAGGUGGGCGGGCUGUGUUAGGGACCUGUAGUCUAUGGUAGCCAAAUGAGGGAGAGGGAAUGGUGUUUCACAAAGAACUAGGAGGAAGUCCUAUUCCAUUGGGUGGAAGGGAUUAAAAGGAACCAGAACUGUUCUGAGUACAUUAUUAGUUGAUACUGAAUGACUUAGGAAGUGAUUGCAUAUCCAAUAUGUCUAGUGUCUACAAGUGGACGAGGUUGGAAGUAUUUUACUAUUGAGGAUUUUGCUGAAAUAUGAAGUCUCAUGUGUUACAAAGAAUAUGUGUGAAACAAACAUUCGUCUUCUGGUUCUUAAAGCUUCAUAGAAAUUGCAUAAGUGUCUGAGACUGAAAACGCUAUGGGGGGAAAGAGAUGAGAAGCAGCAGGGAGGACUGAGAUGCAUAGCAGAGUAACGUUGAGAGGUGGGGUUUGUUUUGGAUCCGACUUUGACACCAGCAACUCAAGAACUUGUUGUUGGCAUUUGAAACUGUGGGACAGAACCCAGACUAAGAGUAAGAGUUAGGGCCAGAUUUGAGCUACUUUGUGUGCUGAGCUCAAGGCUGAAUCUGUGGAAGGCACGGGCUCAUUAAGAAUGUUGUAUGCUGGUUUUCUUUGUGAGAUUCUUUGGAACUGUUGAGAUCAGAACUUUGUGUUUUAGUUACUUUGAGAGAUAAAGGGAACUGGUAGCUCAGAGGGGAUAUUUUGUUUUUGGAAUAGGGUCUCACUAUGCAGUCUUGGUUGGCCUGAACUUGCUGUAUAGACCAGGCUGGGCUCAAACUGAGAAACAUUAGUCUCUGCCUCCUUGGAUCAAAGGCAUGUGGAACCACCCCUGGUACAUAUUUUAAUUUUUGAAAUGUGAAUUUUUGGUUGUAUUAACUCAUUUGUGCCAAAGUUGGGGUCAUGGCUCCAGGGGUAAAGUGUUUGCUGCACAAUUUUUGAGGGGUUCUCAGAACUCACAUAAAGCUGAGAGAUGAGAGGCAGAGAAGACAGUCUGUGUGGGCCAGCCAUCCUGGGAUAGCCAUCAGUGACCAACCAAGAGACCGUGUCUCAAGGCAGAAGGCAAGGACUGACAGUUGUGGUUAUCCUAUGACCUCCACACAUAACGUGGAUGCAAGCGAUCUUAAGCAGUUUUUUGAGACCAACUAUUCUCAGAUAUAUUUCAUCUUCUAUGAAAAUUUUAUAACACUGGAAAAUAGUUUGAAGUUAAAAGGGAAUAAUAAGUCGCAAAGGGAGGAGCUGGACUCCAUCCUCUUUCUUUUUGAAAAAAUACUUCAGUUUCUACCUGAACGAAUUUUCUUUCGAUGGCAUUACCAGAGUAUAGGCUCAACUUUAAAGAAGCUUUUACACACUGGAAAUUCUAUUAAGAUAAGGUGUGAAGGAAUCAGACUGUUUCUUUUGUGGCUUCAAGCACUUCAGACAAACUGUGCAGAAGAGCAGGUGCUGAUUUUCGCUUGCCUCGUGCCUGGUUUCCCAGCGGUCUUGUCAUCCAGGGGUCCCUGCACGCUGGAGACACUCAUCAACCCUAGCCCUAGUGUAGUUGAUGCAAAAAUAUACCCAGAGGAAAUCACCCCACUUCUGCCGGCUGUAUCAGGGGAGAAGAUCGCUGAGGACCAAACCUGCUUUUUUCUUCAAAUACUGUUGAAAUACAUGGUUAUUCAGGCUGCAAGUUUGGAGUGGAAGAAUAAGGAGAAUCAAGAUACUGGUUUUAAAUUUCUUUUUACAUUGUUCCGAAAGUAUUAUCUUCCUCAUUUGUUUCCAUCAUUUACUAAGUUAACCAACAUCUACAAACCUGUACUUGAAAUCCCCCAUUUGAGACCAAAGCCACUAUAUGUUACUGUAACUCGAGAUAAUGAAACAAUUUACAGUACAAAAAUUCCAUACAUGGCAGCUCGCGUUGUCUUCAUUAAAUGGAUUGUAACCUUCUUUUUGGAAAAGAAGUAUCUGACCGCAACACAGAACACUAAAAAUGGAGUUGACGUAUUGCCUAAAAUCAUCCAGACUGUUGGUGGUGGUGCAAUACAAGAAAAGGUGCCAGAGCUGGAUGGUGCCGGGGCCACAGAGCAGGACAAAAGCCAUUCUAACAGUAGCACCUUGUCCGACCGAAGACUCAGCAACUCCAGUCUCUGUAGCAUUGAAGAGGAGCAUCGGACAGUGUAUGAAAUGGUGCAGCGGAUCCUCCUGUCUACACGCGGUUACGUGAAUUUUGUGAAUGAAGUAUUUCGACAGGCAUUUUUGUUGCCUUCCUGUGAGAUAUCUAUAACAAGAAAAGUAGUUCAGGUGUACAGGAAAUGGAUCCUGCAGAACAAGCCUGUGUUCAUGGAAGAACCAGAUAAAAAGGACGUUGCUGAAGAAGAUGCUGACAAAUUAGGACUUUCAGAGACUGACUCCAAGGAGGUCUCAUCCGAAAGUUCUGGUCAUAAACGGUCAUCCAGUUGGGGACGCACGUAUUCCUUCACAAGUGCCAUGAGCAGAGGGUGUGUGACAGAGGAGGACAACACAAAUGUGAAAGCUGGGGCCCAAGCUAUGUUGCAGGUUUUUCUUACAAAUGCUGCAAAUGUCUUUUUGCUGGAACCAUGUGUUGAAGUUCCCAUGCUCCUGAGAGAACAAGUAGAUGCCUGUAAAGCUGUCCUGAUUAUUUUUCGGCGAAUGAUAAUGGAACUCACAAUGAAUCAGAAGACAUGGGAGCAGAUGUUGCAAAUCCUUCUCAGGAUAACAGAAGCCGUCAUGCAGAAGCCAAAGGAUAAGCUUGUACAGGAUUCAUUUGCCCGGAGCUUGGCAGGGCUGCUCUUCAGGACACUUAUCGUGGCUUGGAUCCGAGCAAACCUGUGUGUGUACAUUUCUCGGGAGCUCUGGGAUGACUUUCUCAGGGUGCUGUCAUCCCUUACAGAAUGGGAGGAACUCAUCACUGAGUGGUCUAAUAUCAUGGACUCCUUGACAGCCGUGCUUGCGAGAACUGUGUAUGGAGUUGAAAUGACAAACCUACCUCUGGAUAAGUUAAGUGAACAGAAGGAGAAGAAGCAGCGAGGCAAAGGUUGUGUCCUAGAGCCCCAAAAAGGGACUGCUGUUGGGAGAUCCUUUUCUCUUAGCUGGCGCAGCCAUCCAGAUGUAACGGAGCCAAUGAGAUUCAGGAGUGCCACCACAUCUGGAGCCCCAGGAGUAGAGAAGGCAAGAAAUACUGUCCGUCAAAAAGCGACUGCUAAGCGAAGCCAGUCUAUCAGCAACUGUGUCCACCUCUCUGAGGCUUUGCCUGCUACUAAAAGCGUCCCGCUCCUCCUCCAUACCGUGAGCGCUCUCUUACCUGGUCUCUCUUACUCUCCUUGCUCUCACAGGCUGUCAGAAGUGGAGGAGUUCCAACAGGCAGAGAGCACGGCUGCAGCCGACUGUGACUAUCUUGUGGUAGGACAGCAGCCGGUCCCCCGGAGCAGCAGCACCUCUGACAUCACUGAGCGCUUGUACUCAGAUUCUUCUCAAGGUUACAGUCCCAUGCUGCCUCAUCCAGCUUUUUACAUGGCUUCUGGGGAUCUAAACUCAGGUCCUCAUGCCUGCACAACAGGUCCUUUACCACUGAGCCAUCUCCCCAGCCCAGGUCAAAAGGUAGAAAAUUCACAGAAUUUGAGCUCUUCAGAACCCAAGUCUGUUCAAGAGAGUAAAGGUCACGUGACGCAUGAACACGAAGGAGUAACAAUCUUGGUUCGAAGGAGCAGCAGCCCUGCUGAGCUGGAUCUGAAGGAGGAGUCACAGCAGACACACGGACGAUGCAGGGAGAGACAGAAGAGUGAAAGUACUGGUAGUGACAUGGCUGUGGGCUACAGUAACGAGGCAGAGCUACCUGUGAGCCCUUGGCAGACCUGUGAGGAGGACCCGGAACUGAGCACUCCCACAGAUGCUGUGGCUGACUCUGAUGCCCGCCAUUGGUUACAACUGAGUCCUACUGAUGCUUCCAACUUAACAGAGAGCAGGGAAUGCCUGGCAGACGACUGCAGCAUAAUUGCUGGAGGGAACCUCACUGGUUGGCACCCGGACUCUGCUGCUGUGCUGUGGCGAAGAGUCUUGGGAAUCCUUGGAGAUGUGAAUAACAUCCAGUCACCGAAGAUCCAUGCCAAGGUUUUCAGCUAUCUCUAUGAACUGUGGUACAAGCUGGCCAAGAUACGAGAUAAUCUCGCAAUAAGCCUGGAUAACCAGUCGUCUCCAUCUCCUCCACUCUUGAUCCCACCACUCAGAAUGUUUGCAUCAUGGCUAUUUAAGGCUACAACUCUGCCGAAUGAAUAUAAAGAAGGCAAACUGCAAGCCUACAAACUGAUCUGUGCCAUGAUGACCAGGCGCCAGGAUGUUCUGCCCAACUCUGAUUUCCUGGUGCAUUUUUACCUCGUGAUGCACCUGGGAUUAACCAGCGAGGACCAGGAUGUCUUAAACACCAUCAUAAAAAACUGCUCGCCCCGCUUUUUCUCCCUGGGUUUGCCUGGCUUCUCCAUGUUGGUGGGGGACUUUAUCACUGCUGCUGCCAGGGUCCUCAGUACAGACAUGUUGGCGGCACCCCGUUCAGAAGCUCUCACUCUCCUCGGUUCCCUUGUCUGCUUCCCAAAUACCUACCAGGAGAUCCCUCUGCUGCAGUCAGUACCAGAAGUGAGUGAUGUUGUCACGGGCGCUGAAGACGUCAAGCAUUACCUCAUAAAUAUUUUACUGAAGAAUGCUACCGAGGAACCAAAUGAAUGUGCAAGAUGCAUCGCCAUUUGCUCCCUCGGGGUCUGGAUCUGUGAAGAGCUUGCACAGUGUGCCAGCCAUCCUCAGGUGAAGGAUGCCAUCAAUGUGAUAGGUGUAACUUUGAAGUUUCCUAACAAGAUCGUGGCUCAGGUAGCCUGUGAUGUUCUUCAGUUGCUGGUUUCCUACUGGGAAAAGCUUCAGAUGUUUGAAACUGCUCUCCCACGAAAAAUGGCAGAAAUCCUUGUGGCCACAAUUGCUUUCCUUUUACCAAGUGCAGAGUACUCUUCAGUGGAAACAGAUAAAAAGUUUAUUGUGUCCUUGCUCCUUUGUCUCUUGGACUGGUGCAUGGCACUGCCUGUGAGUGCCCUCCUCCACCCUGUGUCUACGGCAGUCAUAGAGGAAUUGCACCCAUCCCGGGCUCCCUUGCUGGAUUAUAUCUACAGGGUUCUGCACUGCUGUGUCUGUGGCUCAAGCACAUACACCCAGCAAAGUCACUAUACUUUGACCUUGGCUGACCUGUCAUCCACGGAUUAUGACCCCUUCCUACCUCUGGCAAACGUGAGGAACUCCGAGCCUGUCCAGUACCAUUCAUCAGCAGACCUGGGGAACCUGCUGACUGUGGAAGAGGAGAAGAAGAGAAGAAGUGUGGAACUGAUCCCCCUCACUGCACGCAUGGUGAUGGCCCACCUAGUGAACCACCUUGGCCAUUAUCCACUGAGUGGGGGUCCUGCCGUGCUGCACAGCCUGGUUAGUGAGAACCAUGACAAUGCCCAUGUGGAAGGAACUGAGCUGUCCUCAGAGGUGUUCAGGAGCCCAAACCUGCAGCUCUUCGUCUUUAAUGAUAGCACCCUCAUCUCCUACCUUCAAACACCAGCAGAAGGACCAGCUGGAGGAACUUCAGGGGGUUCCCUCUCAGACGUGAGAGUCAUUGUGAGGGAUAUCUCAGGGAAGUACUCUUGGGAUGGCAAGGUUUUAUAUGGACCUCUGGAAGGCCGCCUGGCUCCCAGUGGAAGGAAUCCCUCAUUUCAGAUUUCUGGCUGGCACCAUCACACAUGUGGACCACAGAGCAAUUUGUUUCACGGUGAGGAGGGAGAUGAUGUGCUUGACAAAUUACUUGAAAACAUUGGCCAUACAAGCCCUGAAUGCCUUUUACCAUCACAACUAAAUCUAAAUGAGCCUUCCCCAACCCCGAGUGCAAUGAACUGUGACCAAGAAAAGGAAAUCAUCGAGGUCAUCCUGCGCCAGAGCACACAGGAGGAUGAGUAUGUGCAGAGGUGUCACUCUAAUUCUGCAGUAAAGGUCACGAGCCAAGGGCAGCCCUCGCCAGUGGAGCCCCGGGGACCCUUCUAUUUCUGCAGGCUGUUGCUUGAUGACUUGGGAAUGAAUUCCUGGGACAGAAGAAAGAAUUUUCAUUUGUUGAAGAAAAAUUCAAAAUUAUUGAGAGAGCUAAAGAAUCUGGACUCUCGUCAGUGCCGCGAGACCCAUAAGAUUGCAGUGUUCUACAUUGCUGAAGGACAAGAAGACAAGUGUUCCAUUCUAGCCAAUGAAAGAGGAAGCCAAGCCUAUGAAGACUUUGUUGCUGGUCUUGGAUGGGAGGUGGAUCUCUCAACCCACUGUGGGUUUAUGGGUGGUCUUCAGCGCAAUGGCAGCACGGGACAGACGGCCCCUUACUAUGCUACCUCGACCGUGGAAGUAAUUUUCCACGUUUCCACUCGAAUGCCAUCAGAUUCAGAUGACUCACUCACCAAAAAGCUCCGUCACCUGGGGAAUGACGAGGUCCACAUCGUCUGGUCUGAACACUCCAGGGACUACCGCAGGGGCAUUAUUCCAACAGCCUUUGGAGAUGUUUCCAUCAUUAUUUACCCAAUGAAGAAUCAUAUGUUCUUCAUCACAAUAACCAAGAAGCCUGAGGUUCCAUUCUUUGGGCCUCUGUUCGAUGGAGCAAUCGUGAGUGGGAAGCUGCUGCCAAGCCUUAUCUGUGCCACGUGCAUCAAUGCCAGCAGAGCGGUGAAGUGCCUCAUCCCACUCUAUCAGAGCUUCUACGAAGAGCGAGCGCUGUAUCUGGAAGCAAUAAUUCAAAACCACCGGGAAGUCAUGACAUUUGAGGAUUUCGCUGCCCAAGUCUUUUCUCCCUCUCCCAGCUACUCUCUCAGUGGAACGGAUUAAAAUACAUAAUGGUCUCAUUGCGAUACUUGAGCAAGGGGUCUUGACCUCCAACCUGAGUGUGGACCCCAAGAAAAGCCUCCAUGUGGAAGAGACAGGCAAGACUCCCCUGAUUUCCUCAGAACCUCAGAAUCCAGACUUCAGGAAUCUGCCACUGUACCCGCACGUGCAGCAGGCUUUCUCAUGGCUGGGCCCCAGCGUCUUCCGACGGAUCUGUGGAACCUUCAAACAAUGCAGCAUCCCUCUUGUCCUGGAAUCUCACCAAACCCUGGGCAUCAGAAGAAGAAAAGAAAGAAGUCACCCUCAACCAAGAACAAACCUGCUGUCAUACGGGCAAUGGGGAAGCCAGGAGUCUUUAGGCAGAACACAGUAGCAAAAGGUUCGGGGCCCACAGGGAAGGGGCAAAGGGCACUACUUGUCUGUAUCACCGAAUCGUUUUCCUUUCCUUUACACACCCAAGCGUGAUUCCCAAAAGGGCUGACAAAGCAACUGUGUAAUGGUUGGAGGAAUUUCCUCCAUACUGAUUUUGCUAAUCCUUAAUGUUAGGUUUUAUAUUUUACUCAAAAUUUUACCAUCAUGGAAACUGGCUGUCCCCAGGGUCGUUUCCUACAGGAAGUUUCAUCUCCACCAUUGAACCCUUUCCACCUGGAACUUUCCACUGACUUAAAAUUCUCCUGACAACACAGAGUUCUGUCAGGUGAUGGUCCCACACAGAGCAAGAGGAGUGUCUAAAAAUACGGGAGUAUCCCCGUGAGAACACUAGGCAGAUGGGUAGCAUCCCUGCUCAGCCCAACUCAGCCCAGCCCAGCCCAGCACCACUCACAUCAACACAGAUUAGUGGCUGCUCCAGCUCCAGGGCUGACCAGCACCCACAUUGUGUCCCCUGAAAGCUCACCAGCAGUCCUCCUCCUGUCUGCUGUUCAGAGUCCAAGACAGGCCUUAGAAACAGCACUUGUCACAGGAGUUUUAGGGUAACAGAUUCCAGGCAAUAGAUUUGACCCAUACCUAUAUACACAUACACAUAUAUGGAUCAAAUUUCAUAUAUUGGUUCCAAGGAGGGUGUGUUGUGCCUAUUAGGUAUGGGAGGGAAGGAAGGAGUUAAAUGUGUCCCUUACUAGACAUGGGCAUCUUGGACCUUAGAACCUGGCAACUAAGAGUUCACAGGGAAGACUUCUGCGUGGUCACGCCCCCACUGCCAUGCCCCCCCACACACACACACACACACCCCAGCCCCGUGCCUCUGUCCUGGCUCUAGUGCUGUCCCAGAGCUCCAGUGUUGCCUCAUCCUUUCCUCUGCCUCAGAGCAAAACAGAAAAUGCAGCAGAAGCCACCCCUUGCAUGGGGAAGAAUGUCCUGGAUGUGGCCACCUCUCUUACUUUCCUCUGCCCUCAGAUCUCACACAUGUUACUGCUCCUAGCCUGCUUGGUCACUCCUCUGCUUAUCCACCUCAUCAGUGUCCAGUCCCCAGAGAAGCCAGCUUUUUAUAACUACUACAGAGCUGGGUCAGCUGCUACUGAUCUUGGUAGAAAAAGGAGCAGAGCCAGAAGCCAUACUCAGUCUUGUAGUGAGUGGGAAUUCUGAGAAAGGCUUUCUAGGAGCACCAUCCCACUGCAGGGAGAAUCCAGCCUGCUGCUUUGAAGGGAGUUCAACAGCCUCUCAUCCCAGACCCACAGACAGGAGCCCCUGGAGAGCUGCUUGAAGAUCAUAGAGAGAGCAGGACAUUGCAAAGUAGAAGAAAGGCUCUAUUCCCUGUGUGCUGUUUCCUAAAGGUCCAGAAUACUCACUUAGUGGGAGCUUAAUGGUGAUAGAAGGGAAAUCGCCUGUCAUGACGUUUUCCAUUGUGUCAGUGAAACCUUGAUUCUUAUACCACCCACUGUGUGUGUGUGUGUGUGUAUCUGGGUAUAUAUCUGUGUGUGUCUGUAUGUCUCUGUAUGUGUGUGUGUGUCUGUGUGUGUGUCUCUUUGUAUGUGUGUCUGUGUGUGUGUGUCCAUGUCUCUGUGUGUGGCUGUCUCUGUGUAUGUGUCUGUGUGUCCGUGUCUGUGUGUGUGUGUGUCCAUGUCUCUGUGUGUGCGUGUAUCUGUGUGUGUGUCUGUGUGUGUGUGUCCAUGUCUCUGUGUGUGCGUGUAUCUGUGUGUGUGUCUGUGUCCGUGUGUGUGUGUGUCUGUCCAUGUCUCUGUGUGUGCGUGUAUGUGUGUGUGUGUGUGUCUCCGUGUGUGUGUGUGUCUGUGUGUGUGUGGCCUGUGUGCUCAGACUUCUGUUAUUGAUCUCCUACUUUGGUGUUUACAAAGCACCCAGACCUGGCUCCUGCAGAAAGCACCUCCCAAGUCCUGGGCACCAAAGGCCCCUGCAGUACUCGGUCAUUGAGUAGCUUCUGUGGGAACACUUACCUUCAGGCCCCAUGAACACUGUUGUGGAAUUCUUGUCAUUUUGGAAGUCUUUCACUUUUGUCUUUUUCAGUCAUAACAGAACCCAGGGCCACAACCCAGGUCCCAGAGGUCCUGUCUCACUCCCACAGCUGUCUCUUCAUAAUGUCAUUUGCUUCCACAAGCCCUCAGACUCGGAGUGAGAAAUUCAAUUGGAGGUAGCAAAUAAUUUGAACUUCUUGUACCCUAAUGAUUUUAUCAACCCCAUGCCCAGGUUGACAGCAACAGUUCAUGUCUGUUUCUGUUUUACUUAUCUGUUUAGUCCAUGGGUCUUGGGUUGGUUGGUAAUAGCUCUGGUUAGAGACCUAAGAGCUGGGAGUAGGGACUCUGGCAACCAUGCUUGAUUAGACUUAGCAGCUCUUGUUAUUUGGGGUGGAAAAUUGAAAUGAUCAAGUUUGGUGUUUCCUUUUGUCAGUUAGAAAAGCAAACAUUGUGUUUUCAUAAUAAAUGUCUUUUAACAAAAUUACUAAGGGUCACUCAUCUGGUGAGACCCUCCUGAGAGACACUCGUCACGCUAGUAUUAGUAGGUCAGCCAUCUGUGAUAAAAGUGUCCCUAAUUACCCCAAAGUGUGGUAAGAUUCUUUGGGCUCAUGCAGGGUCUGGCCAGUACCCUUCUCCACAUGCUGAUUUCUGGAUGUCCAUGAAGAAGGAAACUGAUGUUUAUAGUCUUAUUGUAUAGACUUUCAUGCUGUAAAAAAAAAAUUAGUAACCCCACAAAAUUAGGACUUUUUAAAAAUAGCCAGACCUGCAGCAGACUGAAGAAAGGAAGUGCAGCCUGGUGAGUGACUCUUACAGUGUCUUCAGCAGCCAAGCAGGCAUUUCCUGAGAGCCCCGGGAUGGACUCUGACUCUGCAGUGUGGCUGUUUAGUAGGACCCUUAGCCUUACACAGCUCCAGAGAGCCAUGCAAACCCUGUCUUCCUGACCGUCCUCAGGUGUCCCUUCCUUUCCUCCACUGACCUGUGGUGGAGGUUUGAUGAGCCCUCUAAACCUUCCUCUGUGUCUUAUAUGUAGCUGUAUCACUCCAUACUUACUGAAGGGGAUGUCGCAUCUAAGGGAAACUCAUCAAGAGAUGCCCAGAUGCUAUGUAUGUGAUGUACACAGUAAGCAAGCAUUUCCUUAGUGUCAGGUCUACAGUAUGUAGUAUGUGUAAAUAGGGGGCAAUUUGAUAGAGAUGUUGAAUUAAGUUAUAUAGCAUGUCAUUUGAUUGUUUUGCGGUCUCUUGUUACUUCCCAAUGCUGCACAUCUAGGUUGUUCUGAGGGGUGUGUGAUCUGCUCCCCCUUGUCAGGAGUGUACAUGUACACCAGGGACAUGGUACACUCCACAAAGGCAGCCCUGCUUGGAAAACUCUUAGCUCCAUAAUGGUGCCACUCAACUCCAGCUCACUCUUUUUCGUUCUGAUUUACUGUGAUGAUUCGAUGAAUGAGAAACACAGCACCCUAGGUGCUACGUGUUUCUGACAUUCUCAUAGUCUGUAGGAAAAUAAAAGUUUAUCCCACCAUCUAAUAAAAAA